AGCUCGGAUCGCUCCCACUCGACCGGUCAAUGCCUUACUUUCCGUGGUCUAGCCCUAAUAAACAAUCAAACGAUAGGCAAAGGAAUUUGCGAAAAAAAAACGUAAUAUUCCAGCGCUUCUUCUUGCUUGCAGCGCCCUGGAAGCCAUGGAUUUGGGCCAGCAAGACUUCAAUCGCAUCCUCUUUUUUGAGCAGGCGCGCAAGAACGCCGAGACCACCUAUGCAAAGAAUCCCCUAGAUGUCGAAGUGAACCCCGAACCCGUUCUUUGUAAUCUCACAAAUUGGGCAGGAGUGCUCAUUGAGUUGUCGCAGUUCCAGAGUGUUCGCUCCGAUUCAAUAAAGUUCGUCAAAGAUGCUGUUUCAAAGUUGGAAGAAGCUUUGGAGAUUAACCCCAGGAAGCAUGAUGUCAUAUGGACCUUAGGCAAUGCACAAACUUCUCUUGCAUUCUACACUGAAGAUCUUGAGGAUGCAAAGCCAUAUUUUGCAAAGGCAAUGCAGUGGUUCCAGCAGGCACUAGACGAGGAUCCAGGCAAUCAGCUAUACAUGAAGUCUUUAGAUUUAGCAAGGAAGGUGAGUUUCUGGUUUGAUAGUCCAUUUAUAUGCUUUAUUUUCCACUAAAGAAACCAUAAACUUCUAUUUUAUUUUUAGAUCAUAUACUAUGGUGGAGAUAUAAAAU